AUGGCUAUUAUUUCUUUGGUGGUCAUCAACGUACACACAAGGAAGGUAAAGGCCAAGGCGUUCAGCCUCGGGCAGUUUUCGUUCUUCACCAGGGGGAAAGUGAGGGAAACGCUUAUGUUUAUCUCCAAGGAGCUUGCAGAAAAGCUAGAGACAUACGAAUUCCAGGAAUACACCCAUGAGUUCAACGACAAGAAAACCUACAGGCUGUUCAGCUUGGUGCACAAUGACCUUGCAUACAUAGCGUGUGCAGACGACGACUAUCCUGGGAUUGUGGCGCUGAAGCUUCUGCAAGAGGCAAGACACGGAGACAUCGAGAAGCUUAUUGAGGAAUACAAGGACCCUGCGUCCAAGCACACCCUCCUGCAAAUACAGAACGAGGUUGAGGAGACCAAGGGUGCCCUGUCGAAGACAUUGAUGGCCGUUCUUGAGCGGAACGACAAGCUGGAGGACCUGGUUGCCAAGUCCGAGCACCUUUGCUACGAAACAAAGCUGCUGUUCAAGAGUGCAAAGAAAAAGAACAGGUGCUGCUAG